AUGACGACGCCCCACAACCACGCCACGACUGACGAGGGGGAAGUGGUGGUGGAGGAGCACAGCUACGGAACAGGGCCGCGCCAUAAUCUCGAUCUGUACCGGCCAGCCACAGAUCAGAAGAAGCGAGUAGUGCUUGUGUGGGUGCACGGCGGUGCGUGGGUGGACCGCUCCAAGGCCGAGUUUGCGAACCUGGGGCGUGGUCUGGUGAAGGCCAGCGGCGGGAGCUUGUCCGUGGCCGUGCUCAACUACCACCUCAGCCCUCGCACACGCCCGCCCACGCACGUCUUCCCCGCCCACGUACUCGACAUCGCGCAAGCCCUCCAAUGGCUGUGGCAGCACGAGCAGGAGGCAGCAAAGGGCGCCCCGGUGGAGUUGUGGGUGUGCGGGCACUCGGCGGGCGCCCACAUGGCCGGCCUCCUUGCUCUCGAUCCCUCCUACCUGGCCUCCACCCACAAGGAGGGCGACCGCGAGGGAGUGCGGGUGGCGGGGUGGAUCGGAAUCGCGGGGAUCUACGACCUGCCACGCCUCCACGCCGACUUUCCCACCUACAAGGAGCAUUUCCUGGACUUUGCGUUCGGGGAGGACGAGAGCAAGUGGCGGGAUGCCUCGCCCCAGUUCCUCAGCCACACGGGCCGCUCCACGUCGCCGUGGCUCGUGGUGCACAGCGAGGAGGAUGAGCUGGUCAACACCGCCCAACCGGUGCACUGGGUCCAGCACCUGGAGGCGCUCGGCGUGCCCGUGCAGUACCACCUGGAGGCCAAGGGCGGCAGGCACUGGGACGGCGUCAACAGCCUCGCCCAUCCCGCCGACAGCAGCCUGGCCCGCCUCAUCACCGACUUUGUGCGCACCUCAGGCCAGCCUUGA